CGCCGACGCCGUCUUCUGACUUUUUGUGCCGUUCCCUAAAGUAGGCUAUCUACACAAUGACAAACCUGGCAAGCCCUGGCAUCACUCUUUAGGUAAACUUAUCCUACCCUUUCCGGAUUUCCCGAAGCCCGUUUACGUCACGGAGGAGGAGGGAUUACGCAAGUGAGAGACGUUUAAUCGGCAAACGCGAAGCAGCAAAUGAUCACAAAACUGCGGGCUGUUUCGCAGUGCGUCUCUACAGCAGUAUGAGCUGUAGCUCCUGGGUUUCAUGCGGUGACUUUUUGUUUUUUCUUUAACCGAUAAGAAACAGAAGAAAAAGAGUAAGAGAGGACCCCCAUCUGUAUGUAGGAGUGGCAGCGAUUUAGAGAAGCACGGCGACGGCGUACAGGAAUGUUGUGGUGCGGUGUGCGGACUUCCCCGCUGUGACAGAUGUUCCCCCUAAGGACUGUAUGUUAUCUGCCAGCAAUGAACUUUUCACGUUCUGUUCCAUGUGGAUUUUAGUUCAUUCGUCUGUCAAAAUUAAGCCAGGAAGAGGACAUCUGUAAUGGCAGGCUUUCUGUUUGGACUGUUAAUGUUUGUUUUUCGGUUGCACUCUUUUCGUGCCAGACCUGCAGGAAGCCAAGACACUGAAGCACUCACUCCAACAUCUGACUGGUCACAGAGAGCAUCUCCAUACCCUGGUGAAGUACAACCCACUCUUCAUCCCAAUGGAACUAAGCAGUGUUUUCCUCAGACUAUUAUCAUAGGUGUGAGAAAAGGUGGGACGAGAGCACUCAUUGAAAUGCUCAGUCUGCACCCUGACAUCGUCGCAGCAGAGAGUGAGGUUCACUUUUUUGACUGGGAGAGCAACUUCGAAAAGGGUUUAUACUGGUAUAUCAGCCAGAUGCCUUUAUCAUACCCACAUCAAAUAACAGUGGAAAAGACACCAGCCUACUUCACAUCCAGCAAAGUUCCAGAGAGAAUUUAUAAAAUCAACUCGGACACCAAGCUGCUUUUAAUCUUGAGGGACCCUACUGAGAGAGUCUUGUCAGACUACACCCAGGUGUUUUACAAUCGCUUACAGAAGCACAAGCACUCUCAGCCGAUUGAGACGGUGCUUAUUAAAAAUGGGGAAAUAAAUGUGGACUAUAAAGCAAUAAACAGGAGCCUAUACUACAUUCAUAUGCAGAAAUGGCUAAAGUACUUUCCUUUGACACACAUUCAUUUAGUGGAUGGAGAUCAGUUAAUCAGAGACCCUUUGCCUGAAAUGAAAAAGGUGGAGAAGUUUUUAAGUCUCUCUCCUCAGAUUAAUGCUUCCAACUUCUAUUUCAACAAAACAAAAGGCUUUUUUUGCCUCCGAGAAAAUGGCAGAGAAAGGUGUUUACAUGAGUCGAAAGGAAGAGCCCAUCCUCAGGUUGCACCCACUGUCCUUGCAAAGCUUUAUCAGUUCUUUCAUCAGCCUAACAAAAGACUUUUUGAACUUGUGGGGAGGACCUUUGAUUGGCAUUGAUAUUACAGAAAAAGUAUAAGCACAUUCCAUAAUUAAAACCAUUAACAGUAUUAAAACAGUUAAAAGCAAAUGAUAUUACAUGUGCAGUUUUAAAUGUAAUGUACAACUGCUGUACUGUAUAUAUUAAAUUACUUGCAUAAGCAUAAUAUAUUUUUAUACUGUUUUGAAAAAGAAUAGGGUUUAGCAGGAAAUGCAUGGACCUUGUUUUCAUAAAAAAUGUUGGCAGUACAAUGUGGAGAGUGAAAAGUGUGCUUCUAGUUUACUUGUGCCCGUGGCAGGAUAGAAUUGGAUGGCUGUGUGAAAGACUUUGUAAGACCUUUUAGACGAUUAGUAUUCUAGUAAUUUCUAACAGACUUAAGUUCAGAUAUUCCAAGGCAUACUGCAGUUUACUUAAUCAGGAAAUGAACAACCCCCUCAAGAAAAAACACUGCCAACAGCAAUUAGCGUGAGGAAUGUUGUUUCCACUUCACUAUGUAAACCCUCAAACAGAAAACUUAGAAAUCUUGUCAAGAAAAGUUAGGUAUAGGGUUUUAAAAAUGUAUUUCUAAAGACUUUCUUUAGGAAAGUGACAUACUGGAAACACCUACUCAAACUAGUUUACCUGUAAGAGCUAUAUGUUUAUUUAGAGUUACAGUAUUGAACCAAGUGGAAAGUAUUGUAGUUUUGUGUACUGCAGCGUGUUUUUUUUAAUUGCAUUCCACAAAUAGAUAACUUUCAAUGUAAAUAGUUCCAUGUUUUGAAUCUUAAAGCUACAUGGUUCUAAGGAUUUGUAAUAGUUUUCAGUGUUAGCUGUUGCUGCUGUAAUUAUACUCGCACAAUAAUAAGCUAUCAACAGCAACAUAAAUGAAAUUAAUGUAGUAAAUAUUUUUCUGCAUCAGAACUGUAACUGGAUUACUCUUUAACUCAUUUCU